UCCGUUCGUGUGAGCUUUCUUCAUCGAGGGGAGAAAGAAGAGUUGAACUUGACAGUGGCUGCUGUCACGGUCACAGUUCCAAUCAACAGAGUCCCCGGGGAGGACAGAAGCGAGGAGUGGACGCUUGGCUUAAGAGGACGAAGAAAGGCAAACAAGGCUUUCAGGUGUCGCGAUGGAAGCGCGCUGCGUGUGACUGGGGGAACUGCUCUUUUUUUUUCUUUCUUUUGGUCAGCCCCCCCAGGCGGAUUACAAAAGUAAACACCGAAACGUGGACCUAGAACCACCUUUUUGUUCGUCGGUCGUCACACUUGAGGGCUUGAGUCAGAACCAUGAACGUGUCAUCGCCAGACAGAAGGAAGAACGUGCGUGACCUGGUUUUGGAGAUUAGUAUCCGAGUUAUGCUCUUCGGAGUUUUCGUAUUUACUGAAUUCCUGGUGCCCUUUGAAAGAGUCAUACAACCUGAGGAGCUUUGGCUCUACAAGAAUCCGCUGGUUGAGUCUGAUCACAUUCCCAAAAGGGUCAUGUUCGCAAUCUCCUUCCUUACACCACUGGCGGUGAUAUUUGUGGUGAAGAUAAUUCAGAGGACAGACAAGACAGAAAUCAAAGAGGCAUGUUUGGCAGUGUCGCUGGCUCUCGCCCUGAAUGGAGUUUUCACAAACACUAUCAAGUUGAUUGUUGGCAGACCGAGGCCUGAUUACUUCCAGCGGUGUUUCCCAGACGGACAAGUGAACGCAAAGAUGCUGUGCACCGGAGAGCCACAUCUGGUCUCAGAGGGUCGCAAGAGUUUCCCCAGCAGUCAUUCCUCUUUUGCAUUCUCUGGACUUGGAUUCACUUCCUUCUACCUGGCAGGGAAGCUGCAGUGCUUUACUGAUCAGGGUCGAGGUCGUAGCUGGCGCCUCUGUGCCAUGGUGCUGCCCCUCUACAGUGCGAUGAUGAUCGCUUUGUCCAGGACCUGUGACUACAAGCACCACUGGCAAGAUGCCUUUGUUGGAGGAGUGAUUGGGCUAUUGUUUGCAUACAUCAGCUACCGUCAGCACUACCCCCCCUUUCUGCACACGGACUGUCACCUUGCCUACGCCAGUCUAGCUGCCACCGCUCACACAUCCCCGCAUCCUCAGGAGGAUCAGCGGCCCACUGACAAUGCCACAACCCUCCCCCUGGAGGGCUUGACUGAAGCACCACUAUGACUAGUGGCCACCUCCGAGACUACCCUCAACAGCCCCAGCAAGCCAAUGAGCCCACCCCCUUACCACUGACUACAUGGCUCUUGUGUACAUUCCAGUGGACAUGGACUCAAAGGAUAUGAGAAGGUAAUUGAAGUUCAACGAGUAAUUAUGUGUCAUAAUGAAAAAAUGUCUGAAGAAUAAAUGUGUAUAAGAUUUAGGAAUUGUUGUUCAUGGCAUGCUAGUUGAAUUUGUAGGAAAAUGCAAUUGUUCUUUUUUUUUAAAGAAAAAGCAUGUCUUGCCUUGAGAGCUCACUGAGCUGUGUUCUGACGUUUCAAUACUAUUUGUACACUAGAGGACUGCAUUUAUGUGAAAUGUGUCUAUAAAAAAAGAGGGCUGCAGUGGUGUUUUUGUUUUUUGUACUCAUAAAGCUUCUCCAUAGCAGGAGUGAACAGGAUGUGAUGUUUGAGUAUGUUUAUGUAAUCCAUUAACAAUAAAGGCUUAUUAUAUUUAUAUUA